UUGGCGUCUCAGGGCCAUAGAAGUCAGAAGAUCACAUACCCUAACAACCGUAUCUGCUUCUUUAACCUCCACUGCCAUUUGCCACCUUACCCCUUCAAGCUUCAACGAAUUUUCUCAACCAUGUUUCCUUUACACCAAGGCAAUGAGCUGUGCUUCCAGAUUUCAUCUAAUCAUCCACACAAAAUCCCACAAGAUCUGAUUCUUUCCAACCCUGCACUCUAUGGCAGUGACAUAACAGAUGACUUGGGAAAAAGUCGUCGGCGAAAAUCGAUUUCUAAGGACAAUGAUGGGACUGCGGAGAAUAACGAUAAUGAUAAGAAGAAGUUGCAUAGGGAUAUUGAACGCCAAAGGAGGCAAGAAAUGGCUACCCUUUAUGCAUCUCUUCGAUCUUUACUUCCCCUUCAAUAUAUCAAGGGAAAGCGUUCGAUAUCUGAUCACAUGAACGAGGCUGUGAACUAUAUAAACCACCUGCAGAAGAGGAUAAAAAAACUGGGUGUCAAGAGGGAUGCCUUAAAGCAGCAGACUAAUUUGAGAGAGAUUCCCCAACGAAGUGGAAGUUCAAAUAAAACUUCCCCAGGUACGAGAGUCAUAAUCCGGCCUCGUUUGGGUGGUAUUGAGAUUGUGUUCAGCAGUGGCUUUGGGGAGCAAGGAUUCACCCUAUCAAGAGUACUGCAACUGCUGCUUGAAGUUGAACUUUCUGUAGUUAAUUGUGUUUCCACCAAAGUGAAUGAAAGGGUGUUGCACACCGUCCAGGCUGAGGUGAAAGAUCCAACUUGCUUAAAUCUUUCCGAGCUGCAGCAGAAAUUAAACCCACUUGUCCCUUGAUCUUAGUCAUGUUUUUCAAAUAACCACCUUCGUGAUUGUUGAGGACUUCGUAGCUUCACUGUAUACAUUUCUAACUUUUGAUCUGAACACUUAAACUUGGUUUUAAUUGCUGAUUUAGUUAGAUGUUGACUUGAUUUUGAUUAACAAGAUGAACCAUAGAUACUCUAUCCUUAUGUUUUGGUAUGUUUUUGAGAUUUUUGGUGGAAAAUGAAAUUUUCAAUCUUCUUUUGCAUUUUCGGAAAAUUUUUAAUUAGUAGUCAAUCUUCUAACCAUUUUGAGAAAUGAUGAGGUUAGCUCAGAAAUUUUCUUUUAGUAAGCCUUGUGCGUGGCAUAAGGUGCAUAUAUAUUGAACUUGUGCGAGAUCUCAUUUUUCAUUUGUGAUUUAGAUAAUUUAUUUAGCUAUUUAAAAGAUUUGACAGAUUAUGGCCAUUGAUUGCUGCAUUAUUGCUUGAAAGAAAUUUUAUUUGACAAAAUCAUUAACUUCAAAUGCAUAAUGAGAUAUGUAGACUCUAAAAGGUACAUAGGAAUAGACAUAUAAUAUUAUGAAUGAUUCAUUUGCUUACAAAUCACCUCAUUAAAAAUUAUAAGAUCAGCUCAUAUAGUUAUAUGAAUUUAUUGUUUACCCCACAGUACACAUGCACAGAGUUACACACAACUCAUAUAGUGUGCUAAAGGAUGUUGAACUUGCAUAUUGAUUUCUUUGGAACUUAGUUUUCCUGCAUGUCUAUAUGUUAUAUGGUGGUGGGAAAAUGAGUGAUCUCUCUAAUGCAAAUACAUAAUAAUUUAGUUUUGGGGGGUAGUUGUCUAAAAAAUUAGAUGUGCCAUCAACAGGCAGAAUGGGGUAUGUGGUCCAAGGUUUCUGCCUUGUAUAUUGAAACCUUCCAGCUAUGCAUAUAUAUGCCCAACUCACAAAAAUCUCAAUUCAUUAUCCGGUAUUUUGAUUCCAGCUUGUGCAUCUACAACUGUUAAAAUCUCUUUUAUUAUAUGUUUAUAAUAUCCACCACCUUUAAAGACCUUGGCAAUGAUAAUGGAUCCACGUGCUACAUGCAAACUCCAGCCCUACAAUAUAUGUGCAUUAGUGACAUUCAGUCCCAGCAUUAUUGGGACAUCCUUGUCUUUGUUAUGCUCUAUACACAGAUAAUGAACAUCUUUCUGCUUCUCACCUAAGUAAGUUAUCUUUCAGAUGUGUUUUUUGGGAAAUAUUAAGGUUGCUGCUGAUUGGUGACUACUUCUUCUCUAUGUUAAUUAUUGGUGAUCGUAAUUUGUGAAUGCAAGUUGGAAAUUGUUUGCUUUGCAAUACACACACAUAACAGAGAUGAGGACUCAUCGAUUUCUUGCGAAAUUUGAUUAUGCAUAGGGGACACCAUUCUUCCCAUGUUGUGCUUCUGCUGGAAGAGUCACUCCUUAAACAAAGUAGAAGAAUAUAGUUUCAAUGCUCUUCGUUUUACUAUUUGGGAUAUAAGCUUCAAGAUGUCCAUCACGUCUUAAAUUGAGACUGGUGCAUCUGUUUUGGCUAACUAACAAUGUUUUUCGUAAAUUAGAAAGCAAUAGAAUUAGAAGCUGGACAUUCCAAAUUUAGAUGAUGACAAAUUUUUAUCUGUUUUAUCAUUCGAAAAGGUAUAUUUAUUCGAUAAUUAAGUGUAUUGGAAUACAUGUAUUUUAAGUUACAGUACCAGCAUGAUCCUAAUUAGUUCUGGUAACAUGUAAAAGUACCUACACCAAAAGUUACAGUAAAAAAAUUAUUUAUU